GGGGUAUUUCACUGAGACGACAUAAACCGACUUUUAUUCUCGCUGGUCUCGCUACUCCCUGCUCGCUAGUCGCUUGCGAGAGCUGGAGGUCGUAGAACUAUGGAUUCUUCCAGUUUUACACCCGCUCUGCCAAAAUUGAAACUAAGGCGCCCGGAUUCGCAAAAGAUCGACCUGCUCACCAUACCGGAGCAUUCUUGUAUCAGCAAUUUUGUUCCUUCUACCGACAGUGCAGUGCAUGUGGGAUUCAGAGACAUCUCCUACACUGUUAAAGUGGGAUUAUUCAAAAGAAAAACUCAAAAACUGUUGGACCAUAUUAAUGGGGAUUUCUCUGGAGGAGAACUGACCGCCAUUAUGGGUCCUUCCGGCUCGGGGAAAACCUGCCUCAUGAAUAUACUAGCAGGAUAUACAAACAGUGGAGUUUCAGGCCAAAAAUUAAUAAACGACGAAGUUCGCGAUGAGAAAAUUUUUAGGAAGAAAUCUUGCUACAUAAUGCAAGACGACAAUCUUCAACCUCUUCUCACCGUUCAAGAAUCUAUGACUUUAGCAGCAAACCUUAAAAUGAACUGCGCCUAUACUCCUAAGGAAAAACGCAAUAGAAUAAAGGAGAUCCUAGAAUCUAUAAGUUUGUGGGAGCAUCGAAAAUCAAGAAUCGGUGCUCUUUCUGGAGGUCAGAAAAAAAGACUGUCUAUAGCUCUAGAGUUAUUAAAAAAUCCGCAGGUUAUGUUCUUCGAUGAACCAACAAGAGCUUGUCAUUUCAGUGGGCUAGAUAGUUUAACAUCAAAACAAUGCAUAAUGUUACUAAAGCAACUAGCUUCCACAGGACAAACUAUAAUUUGUUCAAUACAUCAACCCAGUGCUAUGAUUUUUGAGAUGUUUGAUCAUUUGUAUGUAUUGGCUAAUGGAAAAUGUUUAUAUCAAGGAUCAGUGAAAGGUUUAAUACCAUAUUUGGAAGAAUUAGAUUUGAGAUGUCCGCCAUAUCAUAACCCAGCUGAUUACCUUCUUGAAGUAGCGUCAGGAGAAUAUGGUGACUACACAGAUGUAUUAUCAAUUAAAUCAGAAAAUGGGCUCUGUCAAGAUUGGAGAAAAAGGCAAACAAAUUCAAUACAACUCGAAGCACUUGAACAUAUAAGUAAAGCGAUGCGCGCCGGUCGCAUAACGCCAACCACUGCACCCCCUAUAGUGUUUCCCAAAAUCGACAAACGAACACAUAAAGAAGUGUCAAAUCAGUGUUGUUACGGAUCAUACCCUACUUCAUUUUGCAACCAGCUAUGUGUUUUACUUACCAGAAUGUUUUUAAUACUGAUUAGAGAUCGAACUUUAGCAUAUGCUAGGUUAGGCACGCAUAUAGGCAUAGCAUUAUUUAUAGGAAUCUUAUAUCAGGGUAUAGGACAAGAUGCAUCCAAUAUGAUAAACAAUUUUAAUUUUAUCUUUUUCUCCGUCAUGUUCCUCAUGCUGACAUCAUUCAACUGCAUCAUAACUACAUUUCCAUUAGAAUUACCAAUUUUAACAAAGGAGUUGUUCAAUAAAUGGUACUCGCUAAAGUCAUAUUAUUUAGCUAUUUCGUUAGCUGAUAUUCCUGUACAGAUGGUGGCUACAUUAAUAUACGCAUUGGUUACUUAUUUUCUCACAACACAACCCCUAGAUGCAUAUAGAAUAAUUUUGUUCUUGGUUAUGUGUAUAUUAAUUUCUUUAGUUGCUCAAAGUUGGGGAUUAUUGAUUGGAGCUUGUAUGGAUAUAAAGACUGGUGUAAUAUUUGGUCCUUUUUGCUUCUUGCCCUUCACAAUAUUCUCUGGCUUCUUUGUCCAGUUAAAUGAUUCCCAUCCAUACAUACGUUGGCUUUUCCAUAUAUCUUUUCUGAAAUAUGGAUUUGAAGGACUGGUCUUAUCAGUGCUUGGUUACGAUAGAGGCAAAUUGCCUUGCAAUGCAGAUUACUGUCAUUUUGUCUAUCCAGAGAAGUUUUUGGAUCAGAUGGACAUGGAGCAUGCCAGUUAUUCCCAGGCUGUGAUUUUUCUGAUAAGUCUGAUUACACUUAUCAGGUUUGUUGCUUAUUUUGCACUAAGUAUUCAAAUAAAAAGUAAUCGUACUAGAAGAAGAUAACAUAGGGAAUGGCAACACUGAGUUUGCUCUGAAAAUUCCAAAGGGACUGCUUUUAUAAAGCAGCACUACUAUGUGUUCAUAACGAUUACGAAAUGUGAUUUUUAAGUUUAGGUGACAGAAUGAUUGUGUGUGAUUUUUAGAUAUAAAUAUUUUUUAAAUGGAAAUAAAAGUUCAGUUACAUAA